AUGGGGGCUGGCGAACGCCUCGCAAUGCCUCGCUUCCUGCGCGAAACUUCCCGCGAUAAUCGCACGCCCGACGUGGCACCGUCUUCUUCUUCUUCCUCGUCUCCGUCGCCGGCGUCGCCUGGCGCGGGCGAGUCGGAGUCCUUAUCGAUGGCCGAGGAGCUCCAGCGCCGCAAAGCCGCCUUCUUGGCGCAUUUCAAGAGCAACAGCGCGCCUAUCUCCAACAGCGAGGACGCACCUGCGAUCACGGCCUCGGACUUUGGCAGCACGCGGUCACUCGACGGCCACACUGCGCGGACUCCAAGUGUCACGUGUGCAAUGCGCCGCUCCGUCUUUUGCGGCUUCGGGUGGCAUCGAUGCCGGAACUGCGGACAGGCCGUGUGUGGCGUACACAGCAAGAAUCAAGUGCCGCUGCCGCACCUGGGCAUCAUGAAGGAGGUGCGUGUGUGCGACUUGUGCACGAGACAAUUAGUGCAGCGUCGAGCUGGAUAUCGCAGUCCCAAGAACUCGAGAAGUAGACAAAACUCGAACCCGAACUAUGCGGAGAUAGAGAGCGACCCAGAGUUGUCGCCGGUGGCUGGAGAGAAGAUGGCGCUGCCGUUGAUACUUCCGGCCCCUGGGAAGGACCGAAACCCGUCGGUGGACGGCGUGUUGGACGCGAUCGGGACGCCAGACGUGAGUAGUCGAGGAAGCUUCAGCUUGAACACGCUGGGCGGCGGUCUGACGAGUAGCAGCGCCCACGCCAUGCCCGGUAUCCUGUACAGCUGCUUGUUGGAGGAGCAGGACAAUACGAUGGACGAGAUUUUGUAUCUGGGCACCUUCACGAUGGGUGGACGGUCCCUAGCGAGUCGUCGAAUGAGCGCGAACGUGGCGCUGUGGAAGUGGCGGAUUUUCAUGCUCACGACGGCCGAGAUGCUGUGCUUCAAGGCCACCGGCUCCAUCCCCGAGGAGGAUUCGGCUUCCAUGUCGGCGAUGGCGUUGGGAGAGGUGCGCUCGUCGGUUCAUCUGUCGGAUAUUCUGCACAUUGAAGUGAACGAUCAGUUCCCACGGAUUCUCACGGUCAUCCGCUCGGAUGGACGAGUGUUCAGGGUACGAGCGCGUACGCCGGAGCAGUGUACGGAGAUCGCUUUGACCCUGCGGAAGGCCAUGCAGCUCUUCCAGGACGCCCUGUUCAAGCUUCAGCGUGGGCCCCAACCGGAAGAUAAUUCCAUCAGCUGCGUGAGUGUCCAGCACGAAUCUUCACUGCCCGAGUCGGUUGUGGUGAGCAAUCCAGCCGUGGGGGAAGUCUUCCAAGUGGACAUGUACCCUUCAAGUAUUCUUCGAUUCUACGUGAAUGGUCCAUCGGCUAAUGGGACGGCACUUUUCUCGCGUGAGAUGCUGACUCGUGACAAGAAGGAAGGAGUCGCCCCUAUUGUCGUCGAGGCGGAGCCAUUGGGGAACGGUCCUCGUGAUGAUCAUGUGCUUCAUGUUGCGGUGAAGACGGAGAAGGCAGUUGGGAGCUUGGAAGGUGUCGAGGAGACGAACAGACGCUUCUGGGGACUCACGUCUUUCCUGGCUGCUGUGGCUGCUGUCAUGAACUCGAUGGACAACGGCUCGUUCGAACUUUUGGCUUGGCUAUCAGCGCUGGUGCUUUUCCUUACUCGCUUCCACGAGCGCAUCAGCUUGUUGCUCACAACCAGGAGGUUCUCUCGGGCUCAACCGCUACGAGUGGAAUGUGUUAGCGUCACGAUCGGCAAAAGCGAAGGACCAUCCGAGGGUGACGAAGAGGAACAUGGCGAGAAACUUGAUGUGGAUACUCGAUUCCUGGCCGGCUGUGAAGGCGACGUGGAGGAAGCAAAGGAGCGACAUGCGGCUACGAUGAAGUGGCGGAAAGAGAACGACGUCGGUACGAUUCUGCUGCGUCCGUCGCACGUGUUCACGGACAUGAAGGAGUGCUUCACCCACUUUACGCACAAGAAGGAUCGACUGGGUCAUCCCAUUUCUUUCGAGUUCCUGGGCGGCCAACGGAAGGCGCUGCAUGACUUUACAGCGCGUGGAGUUACGGAAGAUGAAGCCAUUAUGCACCACGUCCGAAUGAUGGAGUUCAUGUGGAACGUGAUCGACCCGCGGCCAUUCCCGGAAGGCAACAUGCUGAAAAUCUACGAUAUCAAGGGCAUUUCCAUGGCUGAUAUGUCGAGCGAUGUGGUCAACUACACCAAGAAGUGGGGGGAGGUGAUCGCGACGUACAACCCAGAGCGAGUCUACCAGGUUUUCAUCAUCAAUCCGCCUGCGUGGUUUAACCUCAUCUGGAAGCUGGUGUCGCCCCUUGUGAACCCCAAAACGCGUGAGCGAAUCCACGUGCUUCGUGGACACAAGGACAUCACCAAAGCACUGCUCGAGUUCGUCGCACCAGAAAACCUACCAAAAGAAUACGGCGGAGAGUGUCAGUGUGAGGGUGGCUGUUUCACACACUCCCCCGAAGAAAAUGAUAUUCGCCAGUGGACCGAGUUUGUGAACGCGAACUACCAGGGGGACGCAAACGAUCCAGUCCUCGUCGACGCCUACAACGAACUAUGUGAAAAGUACCGCAAGCAAUUGUCACCUCCAGGCUCCAGCACCAAUGCCACUCCUGUACUCCUGGGACAACACCUAGAAACUACCGGUGGAUAA